GGUUUCUACAAGAUUGAAUACACUUCCCUGUGCUCUACAGUAUAAACUUGCUGUUUAUCUAUUUUAUAUAUAGUAGUUGUACCUGCAAAUAUUAAGCUCCCAAUUUAUCCUUUCCCAACUCUUCCCGCCCUGGUAACCAUAGAUUUGUUUUCUAUGUCUGUUCCUAAGAGCGAAGCUCUAGAGGCCACCAAAUUCGCUAUAGGUGCUGGGUUCCGCCAUAUUGACUGUGCGUAUGUCUACCAAAACGAAGAGCAGGUUGGACAGGCCAUCCGAAGCAAGAUUGCAGACGGCACUGUGAAGAGAGACGACAUAUUCUACACCUCAAAGCUUUGGGCCACUUUCCUCCGACCAGAGUUGGUGCGACCAGCCUUGGAAAAGUCACUGAAAAAUCUUCAACUGGACUAUGUGGACCUCUACAUUAUUCACUUUCCCGUGGCUAUGAAGCCAGGAGAGGAGGCUUAUCCCAAAGAUGAAAAUGGAAAAAUGAUGUUUGACACAGUGGAUCUCUGUAGGACAUGGGAGGCCAUGGAGAAGUGUAAGGACGCGGGACUGGCCAAGUCCAUCGGUGUGUCCAACUUUAACCACAAGCAGCUGGAGAAGAUCCUGAACAAGCCAGGGCUCAAGCACAAGCCUGUCUGCAACCAGGUGGAAUGUCACCCUUAUCUCAACCAGAGCAAACUGCUGGAUUUCUGCAAGUCCAAGGACAUUGUUCUGGUUGCCUACAGUGCUCUGGGAUCCCAAAGAGACCCCAAAUGGGUGGACCAAAGCCUCCCCGUUCUCUUGGACGACCCACUUCUUGGUGCCAUUGCCAAGAAGCACAAGCGCAGCCCAGCUCUGAUUGCCCUUCGCUACCAGCUGCAGCGCGGGGUGGUGGUUCUGGCCAAGAGUUACAAGGAGAAGGAGACUAAAGAGAACAUUCAGGUUUUUGACUUUGAGUUGCCACCAGAAGACAUGAAAGCAAUUGAUGGCCUCAACAGAAAUAUACGAUAUUGCGAUUUUCAAUUUGCUGCUGGUCACCCUGAGUACCCGUUUUCCGAAGAAUACUGACUCUGAGUCUCCACCGUGCCUCCUGCCGUGGGCUGUGGAGAGGAUUUCUGCGCUCGGUGGAGGGGAUGAAAAGAAGUGCCUGAACUUUCAGAAAGCUUGCCUUUCUUUUUUAAAAAAAUUUGUGCAAUAAUAAACUUCACAGUAAUGGUACUUGUUUUCCUUGAUAAUUAAAAUAAUACAUACUAAUUUGAGAAAAUUUGGAAAUUGAAAGGGAAGAAAAUAAAG